AUGUUGCCCUCAUUUGGAAAAUCCAAGAAACAGAGCAAAUCGGGCUCUGCUAGAAGCAUUUCUGAAGAACACAGAGGCCAAUAUGUAGGCACCCCCAUGAAUGACAUGCCCAUAUUAGAGGAUGAUGAAACAGAAAACGAGGACGUUGGGCCUUUGUUUCCAACAUUCAAUAAUCCCCCAGUGGUUUCGCCUAAAGAUAAGUCGCCGGACUCAGGUAAAUCGGAACCAGACGAUCUUCGAAGAGAGAUAGAUGAAGAUUUUGACCAGGACUUUUACCGCGAUACAAAGGAUAUCCAGUCGCCCACGCCUGUCCAGCGUCCCAAGAAUCCCCCCACAGUUGCAUUUGACGAGGACUCGUCUGAAGACGUCUCUACGGAUGAAGAUCUCUCGUCCCAGGAAGAGUCAGAGCAAGCUCCUCCUUCGCGAGCCCAGGGCUCUCCCACUUCGUCGAAAACGCGCAUCAAGAGAAGCAUUUCUCUGAAUCCCACAGACGAUCAAUCCCAGAAAGGCUCGCCGCGCCGGAAACGUACAGACACGUUGAUCUCGCGUAUCUUUGGUGGACAUGGUCCUCAGAUGGGAGGGGGGUUGACUCCCGGAGCCACGAGAUCGUCGCCGGAACGUGAAGAAGACGAGGAGGAGAAAAUAGGCAACGAUAUCCCACUAAAGACAUUCGAUGCAGACCAGCUCAAGUUCGAGGCAAACGGUCUGGUCAACCAGCAUUUCAGGGACGGUCGCGAGGAGUACCUAUCGUCCGCGUCCACUUUGCAUCCAAACAAUAGCGGGGUGUUCAUGGCCCCUAAUCCGGAGAUCGUUAUUGGCGACUUUGACGACCUCAACAACGACGAUUACGCUCAGUUCGACCCGGCAGAGUCGAUUGUCGAUCGUCCACGUCGGGUGAGAAAAGGUGUUGUUUCCAGUUUACUAGCAUUGUACAACCCUCACAACUCAUCAGCCUAUGCGCCGUCGGAACAUUCAGGAGCACAGACACCAAGAAGCGAGUACUCUGAUAUGGAGACGCGGUUGAGUCUGGACGGUCUUGAGAACAAGCUCAGAAAAGUCCAGACAGACGAUACUUACAGUUUGAGCAGUCCGUCGAUGAGCUCGCUUCCAACAGAGUCUCUGCGGCCCAAAGGAUUUGGCGACAACUUUCUACACAAACACAAACGAGGAUCCAGAUCCGCCUCAUCGUUGUCUCACAUGUUUAAAGGGUCGAAGAAAGAAGAGCCGAAACAGGCUAACGGGGAUAGAAUCGAUAUGCCCUCGUUUGCGAAACCUAAACAGCAGGAGAAGAAGAAGGCCCAUAUGAUGGCCGGUUUCGAAAGCAACUUCAAGUCGCAGAAGCGCAAGAAGCUCAAGAGAAAGUUCAAGAGCGAGCAGAGAGCACGGAUCACUGUUCACAUUGCCGAUGUUUUGCAGCGGCAGCGGUUUAUUCUGACUCUUUGCAAGGCCUUUAUGUUAUAUGGGGCACCAACACACCGGUUGGAGGAGUACAUGUCGAUGACGGCGCGUGUUCUCGAGAUAGAUGGCUCGUUCAUCUAUUUCCCAGGAUGUAUGAUUGUGUCGUUCGGUGAUGCCGCAACGCACACAUCCGAUAUGAAGCUUGUUCGGUGUGCUCAGGGACUUGACCUGGGAAAGCUGGAUGAGACCCACGAUAUCUACAAGGCCGUUGUGCACGACCGUAUUGGCGUUGAGGAAGCAAGCGGAAAUUUGGACGAGAUCCUUGGAAGAAAGCCAAGGUUCAACAAAUGGAUAUGUGUGCUUCUGUACGCGUUCUCGUCGGCCAUGGUUACUCCGUGGGGAUUCGGGGGCUCGUGGAUCGAUAUGCCGAUCUCAUUUGGAAUUGGUCUGCUGAUUGGCUUUUUGCAAUUCUUCAUCAGUCCGAGAUCUGUGCUGUACUCUUCGGUGUUCGAGGUGAGUUCCUGUAUCGUGGCCAGUUUCAUUGGCCGGGCAAUUGGAUCGAUCAACGGCGGUGACACUUUCUGCUUUGCGGCCAUCGUUCAAGGCUCGCUGGCACUGAUUCUCCCCGGCUACAUUAUUCUCUGUGGCUCGUUGGAGCUGCAGAGCAGAAAUUUGGUGGCAGGCAGUGUUCGGAUGUUUUACGCAUUCAUCUACUCAUUGAUGAUGUCGUUUGGAAUCACGUUGGGUGCAGCAUUGUACGGAUGGAUCGACCGUGGGGCUGUUUCCCAUACCAGUUGCACGUCCAAUGUCCAGCCUGCAUGGAGAAUUCUGCUGGUUCCGCUAUUCACCAUCGGUCUUGCACUGAUUAACCAGUCGUCAUGGAGCCAAUUGCCGAUCAUGGUGUUUAUCUCCGGGUCUGGAUACGUGGUGACGUACUUUUCAGGUCUACAUUUCAAGUUACAAACCGAAUUCAACGCUACAUUGGGAUGCUUCAUUAUUGGGCUCGUCAGUAACGCAUACACCCGUUUACUCAAGUCGUUCAACAAGAUUUUUUCCAAAGGAUCGUUUAUGACGGUGUCGAUCAUGCUGCCUGCCGUGUUUGUGCAAGUGCCGUCGGGAAUCGCCUCGCAGGGAUCUCUACUUGUUGGAGUUGACAGUGCUAAUAAUCUGGUGAAUGGAACCUCAUCGUCUACCGAUUCGUCUACAUCGUCCAUCAGUUUUGGUAUGGUUAUGAUCCAGGUUGCAUUGGGAAUUAGUAUCGGACUAUUUAUGGCCACAUUGGUCGUUUACCCAUUGGGAAAGAAACGGACUGGUCUUUUUACUUUAUAG